UUUGGACAAUUUGAGACUCCUUCUCAUAUCCUUUGCCUGAUGAACAUUCCCCCUGUGCAAGAGUGUGGGGAAUCCUGAGCUCACAAGAUGGAAAUCCCUGGUAAAUUUGUUUUGGUUUUGGUUUUUUUUCUAUUUUUCGAUGCUGUCAUCCCAGCAGGAGUCAAGAGUAAGAGAAUAUGUGCAACCUGCCUGUCUUUGACUUCGUGACAGGAACGAUGCCAUGGGGAAGCUGGUCAGAGGAGCAUCACUGCUCUGUCCUCAAUUUUCCUUCACAACUGAGGAUGAUUUAAAAACCGAGGCACAGCCAAGACCUUUCCUCCUCCUGUGCUCAUCAAGCAAUCACCGCUCAUCACCCCUCUGCUUCAAACACCUCAUUUGCAUCUGGCUGACCUUGACUCCCCUCCGUGGAUGGGAAGAUGAAGAGGUGGAAGUGUAAAAGAUUGGGAUUUUAUGGUGGGGACAGCAGGUGGGAGCUUUCCAAGCCAGACAAAGGAGACCUGACAAGGAACUGUGGUGAAGGGACAAGCCCAAGGCAAGGAAGUGUCCGGUCGCCUCCUCUCCUGGAACAGGCAGCAGAGACCUGGAGAGACAGGAGACAUCUUGCAAGACUCAACACCUGGAGCAGUGCUAACCAGGCAAGGAGCAGCUCUGUUGCUAUCAGGAUUGUGAUCUCUUUUUUUCUCUCUCUGUUUGUGUGUUCAUGUAGUUUUGUUGUGUUCAUAUGGGUAAAUGAACAACUGGUUUGGGGAAGGAAGAUCAGUGUGUUUUCCUUAAAUGUUAAAGGAAAACCCCUCCAGAGAGCUGUUUGGGCUGGGGUUGUUUGCUGUUUGGAAUGCAGAGCUCUGUUUCUGAGAGGGAGAGGGCUCAGCUAUGCAUUUAUCCCAUUUUGUGCUCUGUAGCCUUCCCUGUGUUUUUGAGAGGGCUGGGGCAGCUGCCUGCUGCAGGGAAGGGGAUGUGGGGAGCACACAGAUAAUUUGUAUGUGGUGCUUCCUGAUAAAAUCAAUGCUAGGGUGUGGAGAAAACAGUGAGGAGAAAAGGGUUGGAGAAAACCAGGUGUGAGACUGUGCCAGCAGGGCAGAGUGGCAGGUUUGGGGAGAGUUACGGCUCCUGCAAGGAGCUUUGCUGCAGCUGAUGGUGGUGGAGGUGGGAAAGGACAAAGUUUUCCAGGGUGAACUUGAAUCUUCCAGGUGAGAGGAAUCAAACCCAAGCAGGACUUUAUUGGGGGUGUGGAGAAAAACCAAGAAACUGAAAUAAAUCGGGUCCUAGAUGCCUUUCCUGUCACCUUGUCUCUGGUCCAGCUCUCCUUUGCCUGCCCCAGCUCCCUCCCAUCUUCUUUGGACACUGUGGCCAUUCUCCACCUGGUGUCCAGUACAUGGGCUCAGCCAGAACCCUUCUGCCAAAUCCUGCUGCUGAGCAGAGCAGGCAGGACUGGGGUGAUGCUCUGCCAGAGCCCUUAGGAGCUGGAAAGAAACCCCUCCUGAGCUCAGCAGCCCUCAGCUCCUCAGCUGCUCCUCUGGCACAGGAGGUUUUGGAAAUCACCACCAGCCUGGCUCUCUAGUUUCUCCAGUGAUUGAAGUCCACAGCUCCAGGAGCAGAAAGACAUCUCAGUGGGCAGAGCAGUGGGUCAGGACUUAGGAUACAGCUCCUUGCAGCUUUGUUGUUUGACUGCCUUACACAUAUCUAUCACUGGUCUGUGCCUCAGUUUCCCCAUGGGUGAAAUGAAGGGAAUUUUCUGUUCUCCUUAUCAGAACAUUUUGAUGUUUACUGGGGAAAAAAAUUGUGCAGGCAAAGGAAUGAUCUUUUCCUGGAACACCUCUGGGUUUUUUUGAGUCUCUUCUCUGCACUGCCUUGAUAUCACAGAGACAGCCCUGCACUGGAGCAAACUGCUGUAGAUCCACUGAAGUGAUUUGAGCUGUGCUGGUUCACAGGGGGAGAGGAACCAGCCUGUGUCUGCUCAGUGGCUUGUUCAGCAUCUGUGUCUGCUGUGAGGGCUGGCCCUGCCUGAUCCCAGGUGAGACCUGGCAUGGCCAUCACUGCCAAGGAUGCUUGGAUGCACUGAAGGCAUGUGGGGCUGUGCUCAGUCAGACCCAAGGCAGCCUCCCAGCAAAGGGCUUUAGGAUGAGGCAAGCUCAGAAGGGUGGGAAUGGGAACAGAGAAAUAACUGGUAGAGGAAAUGCAGGGCCAGGUAUUUUACAUCUUCAGGUUGUGCUGCCCCAGGUAAAGCACUGCUUGUGGACACUCCCAACCACCGGGGAGCCCAAACCCCUGCGGUGACAUUCCCAUACAGUUCCCUCUGCUCCAGGUGGGCAGCUCUGAUGUCAGCCAAGCUCUACGUGCUCAUCAGCUGGCCCGACGGCAGCCGGGUCAUCAACAUGGAGAACAUCAAGGAGCCCCGCAAGCCCUUCCACCUCUACACGGUGGGGGAGCAGGUCCUGGCCCGCUGCCCCGGCUUCAGUGGGCUGUACUGGGGUGUGGUGGAAGGCAUAAGUGAGCACAAAGAUAUUUUGGAGAAGAAGCUGCUGGAAGAUCGGCAGCUCCUGGAGAAGUUAAAAGAGGAACCAGCUGUCCACAACAUGAUGCCAUCCCCACCAAAAAAAUCCAGGAAAACCUUUCCAAAAUGGACCCCAGGGAAUGCAUCCAGGAAAUACCCCAGUGACAAGACCUAUCCUGCAAAGCCACUGCUGAGGGUGGCUGAGGCCAGCCUGCCUCUUGAUGCUGGCAGCUCCUCUGUCCUCAAGGACAGACGUGUCCUGGGAAGUGUGGCAGGAAGCCCUCGCCUGCUGGCAACUCCCUCCCAGCCAGCCAGUGCCUUCACACCUCCAUCCACCUUCAUCACCAUGGCCCUGCCAGGGCAAGGAGCUUCCCAGACUGAAGAGGACAGGGCUGGUCUGGGUGCCAGAGAUUAUGUUGCCCUUCCAAUGAAGAGAAAGUCAGAUGGCAUCUUGUCCCCAUGCCAGCAGCAGAUCUGUCUGAAAAGCCGUGAAGAGCGAAAGAUUGAUGCCUUGCAAGAGACCGAUGGCUUUGAGAGGGUUCACAGAAAUUUUGGUCCUGUUGAGAUGGAAAGGGCAGAGAAGAUAGAGCAGCUGGAGAGGAUGGUGUUGGACCUCCAACAGGAUGUCCUCUCUCUGAAGAAGAAGGUGCAGAGGCUGGAAUCCCUGUCCUUCCAGGAGGAGCCCCACCGACAGCCGUGUGAGGUGGUGGAGCUCUUCAAUGGCUACACCAAGGAGCAGCUCAAAGAGACCAUCAGGUUUGACCAGAAAAUCAGCACAGCCUGCAAGACCCUGCUCUACAAACUCUUCACCUCUGACUACAUCCAGAGCCACUCCAUCACGGGGCGCAGGGGCAACACUUUCCGGGAGGCGAAGCCAAUGAUGGACGAACGCUGCAUCAAAAUCAUCAGGGUGCUGCUGAAGCAGAAGUUUGGGGAUCACCUCAGUGACACUGUGAUCACAGAGAAGAUCCAGAAUGUGCAGAAAGCCCUGAGGCAGAAGUUUAAGACAGAAUGUCUCUGAGGUGUGGGGGAUUUGGUGUCUCCUCCUGCCAUUCCUGUGUGUGUCCCUGAGCAGCCUUCCCAAGAAAGAUGAGCUGAGCAGCUGCUGCUCAGUAGAUUUCCCCCAAGGAGCCUACUCAAGUGAACCAUGUGCUAGACACAGCUCAAACACUGCCAAACCUCUGCCUGCAUUAACUGAGCAGGAAUCUGGCCUAACUUGGCUCAGUUUUUGCACUCUACAAGUUCCUUCACAUCCAGUCUGUGUGAAAACCUCACUGUGGGUGUUUGGAAUCACCUCCAUGGAAUCACCUCCGUGACUCUGAUGAUGUGCUCAAAGGCUUCAGGGCUCCAUUUGAGUCCAAGAAUGGGUCAGGAAGGUAGCCCUGUUCUGCACUGCAGAAAUGUUGGCUUUGGGAUGGGGAAUCCAGCUGCACACAGUCUGUCACCCAGUGUGGCUUCUCUCUCUCUGCCUCUGGUUGCCUCCUUCUGCCUGUGGGACAAUAUUUACUCUUUUCUCACAUUGAAUGUUUUAUUUUCAGCAGUAACAGAAAGGCAGACUCAUUAAAAUGACACCUUAAAACAUUCAGAAAAAGAUAAGUUGAUUUUUUCCCGUCUGUUUUAAUGUAGCCAUAUGGAAGAGUUUUCUUCCCUAACAAAAGCCUGCUGAACAAGAGAAGGGGUCACCCAUGGAAGUUACAUUAAUUUUCCUUUUGAGAUUAUUUCCAUACAGGAGAAAUCCCUUACAUUUUUUUGACAUAAGAGUGAGGGAUGGAGGACAAAAUAUGGCCCAACUUUGCUUCAAAGAUAUAAAUGUUGUGGACACUGUCACCAUUAUUUAAAUACAGCAUUAUUGUCCUAGAUAAGAAAUACCAAGUACAGCCAGACACUUUGCUGAGGGACUAUAGAGAAGGUCUAGAAAGAUACAUCUUCUCCUAAAUAAUUCAGAGCUGGAGUGUGGGUGGGUUAAAAUUGUUCUAAGCAUUAAAAGAAUGAGAUGCUGACACCAGUCCAGCACUUAACAGAAGUGCUGCAAAAUACCAAACAUUCCCUUUUACAGAGGCUUCUCAGACAAGAAAUUUGUUUUCUCAACUUCAUUUUUAAAUUCCUGAGGAAAAGAAAUAUCAUUGGGUUUGCAUUAAUCAAAAGAUUUGGUUUAAUUUAUAUGUUGUGUUGUGUUUUCAAGUAUUUAAUUUCCUCAUAGUUACAUGAGAAAUAAUAAUGCAAAAUAAUUGUAUUGGAGAAACAAGGAGCUGUUUUGAAAGGGAAAAAGAAAAAAAAAAAAGAAAUGAGUUAUUAUCAGAAUUUUCUUCCACCUUUAGCCUUUUUUGAGCUUUUCCAUUAAAGUAGGGUUAAUUCUGUGAUGCAUUUUAGUUUUGGAAGGAGAUAGGCAUGCCAAUGUUUCUGGCACUAUUUUCAUCAGAUGUCUCUAACAGUCAUGUCAAAUUGCAGCAGUAACAACUGAAGACAUUCCUUCUCUUUUCCCAAUGCGAAUGCUUUUCCUAACUAAUGUGCAAACACACUGUUGAUGAUUUCUCCUUCGUAGGGACCUUGACCUGAGCAGCAGCUGGAGCAGGUCUGCUGCUGUCACUUAGAGCCAAGAGUACAUCCAGUCCUGGAAAACACACUGAAACUGAGCAGAACUUCCCCAAAAAACCUCCUCAGUGCAGAAACACACCUUGAAAUACACCAGCCCUGCCAGAAAGAUGGGGUCUUCCCACCACAGGCUUUAGGUUGGAAUCACUGCUCAGGGAAAUGCCCCCAGUGAUGUUUUUAAUGUUAACUUAUCAAGGAGAAGAUCAAGGAGGCACAGCCAGCCUUACCCUGCAGAACCUUAAAGCUCAUCCAGUGCCAUCCCCCUGCUGUGGACACCUUCCACUAUCCCAGGUUGCUCC